AUGCGCCCAGCCGCCCAGCAGCCCAACAGCCCUGCCCACGUCGUCCUUGUCACCCGCCGGGGCGAUUCCCGCCAAGCGGAGUGUUCGGCCUGGGAAACCCUCCGAGACCGUCCACAGACAAGUGGAAUUCAGGGUGCCGAAAUCAUUGGACUACAAGAUACAUCACCCGACAUUCUCCCCCAAACUCCGAAACACAUAAUGCCUUCGUGGCUGACAAGGCUGACCGGCGGUCAAUGCGACGCCUAUAUCAAGAUUUCCCCCCAGAGCGACUUUGUUAUUUUGAGCGGCUCCGCACGCGAGGCGCCGGGCCAGUACAUCCGUGGCAAGGUAACCCUUUGCCUGCCGUCCGCGCAGCGCGCCAGGGGUGUGCAGCUGCAGUUGGUCGGCUAUCACAGGACAUCCGACCACGAAUCAGACCUGCAUUCCGCCUCGUCCACGACGGGCGUUGUCUACCAGCACAUUUGGGCGCCGUUCCUCAUCGACGACGUCCCCUCGGCAUCUCUCGGCGGCCCUCUGCCCAAGGGCACUUACGAGUGGCCCUUUGAGCACCUCAUCCCCGGCCACGUCCCCGAGACGGCCCGCGGCUGUCCCCGCUGCAGCAUCACCUACGACCUCAAGGCGAGCACCGUUCGCGACUCGCCUGGCGAGACAUCGCCUCAGGCCAUGAAGCCCAUCCGCAUCAUCCGCACCCUGCCGAGCUCGGCCUUUGCCCUCAUGGACGCCGCCACCGUCGAGGGCACGAGCACCGGCCGCCUCGCCUACUCCCUGUCCCUCGCCCACCAGGCCAUCGCCCUCGGCACCGUCCUGCCCGUCGACCUGCGCUUCACCGCCCUCGCCAAGGACAUAGCCCUGCGCCCCGUCCGCUGCCUGCUGCGCGAGGUCCACUCGCUCGAGACGCAGGUGCCCUCGGCCUGCCCCGGCGCCGGGACCACGACCAGCACCGUGGAGGGGUAUCGGCUCGCGGCGGCGUGGGACCUGGCGAUGGAUGCCAACGGCCGCAUCAGCCGGUUUGACGGCGCCGCGGGCGAGUGGCAUGUCCAGAGGCGGCUGCCGAUGCCGACGACGCUGAUCAAGUGUUCGCCUGAUGUUGAUGUGCGCGGCAUCAAGGUCAGUCACCAGGUGGAAUUCGCCGUGACGUUUGCGGAGGGACCUGAUAUGAUUUCGAAUUUCCGAGCCACGAUUCCCAUCAAGCUCUACAUCUCUCCCAACGCCCCCGUCGGGGGCUCGGACUACUUCAUCUCGCGGCGCCCCGACGUCCACGUCUGCGCCGCCGGCGGCCUGAACAGCAGCAUGGAGGUGCCCCCCUGCUACGGCCGCCACAAGUUGGACGAGCUGCUCGAGGACGACCGACCCUCCUCGUUCCUGCAGCGUUACGAUCCCGUCGCGCCGGCCUAUGAUUUCGCCGUGCCGGCUUCGGCGCCGUGUGCUGGUGUGGGGGCGUAG